CAACCUAAGGGUGUCAAUGUAAUUUACCAACCUAAUUAAUUAUAGAGACCGCAACGCUGACCAACAUCAGAAGGUUCCUGUGGUGAGUCCUGCGUCGUCUUCUUCUCCAAAACGCGGUUUUAACCAACCACUCCAAAGUCACCUUCUUUUCCAAGUUGAAGAUCUUGUUGCUAGGGCUUUGGAAAUUAAAAGACUUUUGACUGAUUGUGUGGGAGUGAAAUAUAAACUAGGGUUUCAAAGAUGAGUGACAAUUUUAUGGACAAAUUUAGCUCUUUCAGCGAGCGUUUGAAGAUUGGUGGAGCAGAGGUUGGUCGAAAGAUGAGUGCUGGCAUGAGCUCAAUGAGUUUCAAGAUGAAGGAGUUGUUUCAAGGUCCAAAUCAGGUUGAUAAGAUUGUUGAGGAAGCUACGGCUGAAACACUGGACGAGCCUGAUUGGGCCACUAAUCUUGAACUUUGUGAUAUGAUCAAUCAUGACAAGAUCAACAGCGUCGAAUUGAUCCGUGGAAUAAAGAAGCGGAUCAUGUUGAAGAGUCCCAGGGUUCAGUUUUUGGCUCUGUCGUUGCUUGAAACGGUUGUUAAGAAUUGCGAGAAGGCAUUCUCGGAGGUUGCUGCUGAGAGGGUGCUUGAUGAGAUGGUGAAGUUGAUUGAUGAUCCUCAGACUGUUGUUAACAACCGGAACAAGGCUCUGAUAUUGAUUGAAGCUUGGGGGGAGUCAUCUAAUGAGCUCCGGUAUUUGCCUGUUUAUGAAGAGACAUACAAGAGUUUGAGAUCAAGGGGCAUACGGUUCCCUGGCCGUGAUAAUGAGAGUUUGGCUCCUAUUUUUACUCCCCCUCGUUCAGUCUCGGCUGCAGAAACCAAUGCUAGUCUUGCUCAACAAAUUCAUCAUGAGAUUCCUGCUCAAACCUUUUCAGCAGAACAAACAAAGGAAGCAUUUGAUGUGGCUCGAAAUAGUAUUGAGCUUCUUACAACAGUUUUGUCCUCUUCACCCCAACAAGAUGCUUUAGAG